GGCCGGUUUUUCGUUUCUCUUGAGUGCUAUAUUUUUCCGGAGUACUUGACGAAGUAGAGUUUUGGAUUGAAGUUUAGCUUUCCUGACGAUAUGGCAUCGGAGGUCCACAAAAGCGUCCCUGUUUCCCGGGUCGACCUGGUCCUAGGCGAGGCGAAAAGCAAGGCAAAGAGCCAAGAGACACCUGUGACGAGCAUCACCGAGAUCUCCGCUUCGAAGGCCAAGGAGGAUGGCGUGGCGUUCUGGACAAGGCACACCAAGCCUGUCCUAACUUCACUGCUCAAAGCCGUCGGAAGCUAUACCCCAGAGCAACAGGCAUCUCACAUUCAGUUUUUGGAGGAGUAUAUCAUUCCGAGCAUGGGUCGCGCCCCCGAAAAAUCACGUGCCAGGUCCCUCCUGACCCCCAACGGCUCGCCUUUCGAGACCAGCCUCAACCACAGCGACAACGGCAAGUCAUCUGUGCGCUUUUGCUAUGAGCCGGUGUUCCCGGGGUCUGAUGGUGUCACCGAGAACCCCAUUCCUGCCAUUGCAGAGAAUGUGGGCGCGGAUUUGCGCUGGUUCAACCAGUUCGCCGCCGAGUUCUUCCCUUCAGAGGAAGACGAUGCCGUUUUGAUUGAGAAGAUGCCUAAGGACACCAUUCGUAUACCCAAAGUCUUCCUUGCGUUUGAUCUCGAGGAAGACAAGAGGACGAUGAAGGCGUAUUUCUACCCCGUCAUCAAGUACAUGACCUCCAAGAUCAACUCCGACAGGGCCAGCUUCGAGCUCAUCCGACGUCUAGACCCGCUCGGCUCAUCUUUUGGGCCUGCCCUAGACCUCAUCGAGGACUACCAGAAGCUGUUGUACCAGGACCCGCCACUGACGGUGGUCAUUGGCAUCGACUGCGUGGGCCCGGAAGCCGACCCGCGCAUCAAGAUCUAUAUCGAGCCCCGGUCCAACACCUGGGCAGCGGUGCAGCAGCACGUUACUUUCGGGGGCAAGUUGACGGAUAAUUUGACGCUCGCCGGCCUGGCGAUCCUUCGCGACAUGUGGAACCUGAUGAUCAACGAGCCCGAGGACAGGGAGAUCGAUGAGCACUUUGCGAAGGAGGUUCCAGAAACGACGCCCAAAAGUAGUGGCGCCUGCUUCAGCUGGGAGCUGAAGCCCGGUCAAGCCAUACCCGACGUCAAGAUUUAUUUACCACUGCCCCAGUACUUCAAGAGCGACAAAGCCAUUGUGGAGGCCAUUGAGAAGGUAUUCCGGAAGCGAGGGUGGGCCUGGGGUGUCGAAGGGGCUUAUAAGAAAGUCGUCUUGGAUGCAUAUGGAAGCGAUGUUGUUGACGACGAGAUUGAGACGCCAACGGUGCACACGUUUGUGUCUUUCAACUUCUCUGAGAAGAAGGGUGCGUAUAUGACUACGUAUAUUGCGCCAUUUGUUCGGUUCCCUUAAUAUACAGCGACUGUUAUUCAUGGCACGCUACGGACCAUAUCAAAUACGAAAUACCUGUAAUAUAUUAAACAGUGCACAAAGACGUAAAACCGACUAGCAGGCGUUAUUGCAAAAGCCACCGGCGUUGAGUGUGUUGGGGAUCUGAUGCAUGAGUUGGUCAUAUAUCGCCGCCUUCUCCCAUUCAAGGGAAGUAUGUACCCGUUCACCUUGGGGAUAUUAAAAUGGCAGCAAGUUGUACUACAGUCGCUCGCAAAACCGGCUUUCCCUUCCGUGCAGCU